CCCGAGUCGGCGCAGGCGCACUGGGGCCGGCUAUUGUGUUAACCAUUAUUGUAGCGAAGCGGACGGGCUGCCGCCGGCCUCCUGUUCCCUCAACGCCCCGCAGUCCCGGGCCGGAGCCCCUCCAGCCCCACUGAGUCCAGCGCAGGCAGGCAGGCAGGCAGGCAAGAUGCCGAUUAACAAAUCCGAGAAGUCGGACAAUUCUGAUAAUGUUAAGGUUGUUGUUCGCUGCCGACCUUUCAAUGAACGGGAGAAAGCAAUGUGUUACAAGAUGGCAGUUAAUGUCGACGAAAUGCGAGGCACUAUUACUGUCCAUAAAACAGAUUCUUCCAAUGAACCUCCCAAGACAUUUACAUUUGAUACCGUUUUUGGACCAGAGAGCAAACAACUUGAUGUUUAUAAUUUAACUGCAAGGCCAAUUAUUGACUCUGUUCUAGAAGGUUAUAAUGGCACCAUUUUUGCUUAUGGACAAACUGGAACGGGGAAAACAUUUACUAUGGAAGGUGUCCGGGCUGUUCCAGAACUCAGGGGGAUCAUUCCAAAUUCUUUUGCUCAUAUUUUUGGCCACAUUGCAAAGGCAGAAGGUGAUACAAGGUUUUUGGUCAGAGUCUCUUACUUGGAAAUCUACAAUGAGGAAGUGCGAGACCUGCUGGGGAAGGACCAGGCACAGAGGCUGGAGGUUAAAGAACGACCCGAUGUGGGAGUCUAUAUCAAAGAUCUUUCAGCUUAUGUUGUAAACAAUGCGGAUGACAUGGACAGAAUUAUGACACUUGGUCACAAAAACCGUUCUGUUGGUGCCACUAAUAUGAAUGAGCACAGUUCCCGUUCCCAUGCUAUCUUUACAAUUACAAUUGAGUGCAGUGAGAAGGGUGUUGAUGGGAAUAUACAUGUGCGCAUGGGCAAACUGCACUUAGUAGAUCUUGCGGGAUCAGAGAGGCAAGCAAAAACUGGAGCCACUGGGCAACGACUAAAGGAAGCUACCAAAAUCAACCUUUCCCUCUCUACCCUUGGGAAUGUCAUUUCGGCAUUAGUGGAUGGAAAGAGCACUCAUGUGCCUUACCGGAACUCUAAACUGACUCGACUGCUACAGGAUUCCCUUGGAGGCAACUCUAAAACUAUGAUGUGUGCAAACAUUGGUCCAGCAGACUACAAUUAUGACGAGACUAUCAGCACUCUGCGAUAUGCCAACCGUGCCAAGAACAUCAAGAAUAAGGCUAGAAUUAAUGAAGAUCCAAAGGAUGCUUUGCUUCGCCAGUUUCAAAAAGAAAUUGAAGAACUUAAGAAAAAGUUGGAGGAAGGGGAAGAGAUCUCUGGCUCUGAGACGAGUGGCUCUGAAGAUGAUGAUGAAGACGAUGAUGGGGAGAUUGGAGAAGAUGGAGAAAAGAGGAAGAAGCGAAGAGGCAGUAGCAGCAGCAGUAGUUCAGACUCUACAUGCUCUGUCAUAGAGAAACCUCUGGAUAAAUCCUUCACUAAUCAAUCAGGAAAGAAGAAAGUUUCUCCUGACAAGAUGAUAGAGAUGCAAGCGAAGAUUGAUGAAGAAAGGAAGGCUCUUGAAACAAAGCUUGAUAUGGAAGAGGAAGAAAGAAACAAGGCCCGGGCAGAGCUGGAGAAGCGGGAGAAAGACCUGCUUAAAGCACAGCAAGAACAUCAGUCUCUGCUGGAGAAGUUGUCAGCCUUGGAAAAGAAAGUGAUCGUGGGAGGUGUGGACUUACUGGCAAAGGCAGAGGAGCAGGAGAAGCUUCUAGAAGAAUCCAACAUGGAGCUGGAAGAGCGUAGGAAAAGAGCAGAGCAGCUCCGGAGGGAGCUUGAAGAGAAAGAGCAAGAGCGUUUGGACAUUGAGGAAAAGUACACCAGCCUUCAGGAGGAAGCACAAGGGAAGACCAAGAAGCUGAAAAAAGUCUGGACAAUGCUAAUGGCAGCCAAGUCAGAGAUGGCAGAUUUGCAACAAGAGCAUCAGAGAGAAAUUGAAGGCUUAUUGGAGAACAUUCGACAGCUCAGCAGGGAGCUUCGUCUUCAAAUGCUUAUCAUUGACAACUUUAUACCUCAGGAUUAUCAGGAAAUGAUUGAAAACUACGUUCACUGGAAUGAAGAUAUUGGAGAAUGGCAGCUGAAAUGUGUGGCAUAUACCGGAAAUAAUAUGAGAAAACAGACUCCCGUGCCAGAUAAAAAGGAAAAGGAUCCCUUUGAGGUGGACCUUUCCCAUGUAUAUCUAGCUUAUACAGAAGAAAGCCUGAGACAGUCUUUGUUGAAACUAGAGAGACCAAGGACUUCCAAAGGCCGAUCAAGACCCAAAACUGGCAGAAGAAAACGUUCUGCCAAAUCAGGCGCUGUGAUCGAGUCGUUGCUCCAGUAGACUCUGACAGUGGUGGGACUACAAUAAAGAUUAGUAUGUGGCUUAAUACUUGGCCCAAAUAUGCAGAUUCUCGUUUCUGGAGAUCGCAGAAGAGUUUUGAUGUUUGGUUGACACAGAAGUAGCUAUAAAGGGCUACACUUGUGUCUUGGAGACAACAAGAAAUACAUUUGUUUCCCUUGAUUUGCUUUCAUGUCAUCUGUUACAUGUAUAUUAUGUUCAAUCUAAACUAGAUUGUGACUGUAAAUUUGUCAAUGUUACUAAUCCUGCUUCGGGCAUUAUGCAGGUGAAGCUGUUGAGGAUAUAUGGUGUGUUUAAAAUGAGCUGAAUUGACUGGAAAAGGUUUUGUGUGUGACUGAAUUUUAACCAGAAUAGCCCUGUUGUGAGUAGAUAACCAGGAUUCCACAUCCUGAUAGACCUGUUUUGCUUCCAUUUGCCUCUUGUGUUGUUCUGCCUUUGCGCCACUGCAGACUUAUUCUGGUAGCUGCAAGUUCUUGGGAUGCUCUGAAUCCCCUUCUGUCUUAAGAAUCCCCUAUCACAUAUGUGCAAAUAACUUAUUAAUUCCUUCAGCAUGUACUUCAUGUGCAUAGACUUUUCUCCAUAUUGCUAUACAAAGAUGGACUGUUGUAGACCUUAGGUGGUGAUGGGACAUGUUUUGGUUUACAGGGUAAAGACUGAGAAAUCCUUUAGACUGAAGCUGCAGCAUGCAUUCUACAUCAAGUGCCCACCGCUUGAUUAUUUCCCCCAGCACUUGCCUCAGUUACUAACACUACUCGUUCUCCCUACCUGACGCCAUUUCUAGUCUGAGUGGACAUUGUCAUCUCUCACUCUUUUUACUGUUGAAUCUUUCAUCCUCCUUAAAUUAGGUUGUGAUGACUUUCAGUGAGAACAGUUGCCGUUGGAUAGCUGUGGCAGACUGAACUGAAAAACGAAAUCCUGUGACAUUAUUAUAGAAGGGGCUCUCAUAAAUAGUCUUAAAUAUAGUAUCGUGAACAAAACAUGCUAGGUUUUUCUUGCAUUCGUGAACCUAAAUCAUCUGGCCACACUGGUUUUUGGAUAAAGCAACUGAGUCUGGGAACGUUUUAGAAAGCUACCUUGGGCUUCAUCCCUUCAGUGUUUCAGUGGAGGAACAAUAAAUGUUGUGAAGGAUGUCAUGAACUGCUCCAUUGCCAAUUACCAAGUGACGAUUUACAGGGUGCUUACGCAAUGGAGUUACGCUAGAGUCAGCAGCUUGGUGCAUUCUUACCCUCUCUUUAGUUGUACAGUGGUACCGCGUUUUGAGUCUGCCCCGUUUAGGGUCCAUUUCGUCCAAUGUCCACGGCAAACCUGGAAGUACCAGAACAGGUUACUUCCGGGUUUGCCAAUCGCGCUUCGCCUAUGCACAAAGCGGCGCUUUGUCAAGCGUCCGGGGCUCUGGAACGCAAAAGGAGGUACGACUGUACCUGUUUUGAGUUUAAAAGAAAUAAAAGUUUUUCCUUGUUCAUCAUUCCAGAUAUUUAGUUGGCACCCGGUUAUUUUUCCAAUCUGUUAUUUAUGAAGUGGUGCCACUACCAUACACAUAAUAUUGUUAAUAUUGUUUCUUUUGUAACUAAGUAUAUUGUGUGACAACUGCUGGAGAUAUCUGUUACUGUAUGUAUUUUGUAAGUCUUUAAAUUAAACAUGACACUAACUGUGCAACUUGUGUUCUAAAAACUGUGUUGGUUGUUGUGAAAUACUCCAGUGCUCAAAAUAAUAAUAAUUUGUCAUAACAGGAUUUGCAAUUGGACACUCUUGAGCCUUACUGAUUGUGCUAAAUUGCUAUAGGCUGUACCGCUCGCGCUCGCGCGCGCUCUCUCUCACUCACUCACACACACACACACACACACACACAAAAAAACUACUGACAAUUUCAGCUAAAUGUCGGCUGUAGGAAAAAUUUAGUAUGAAUAUGGAACGCAAACUUGGAAAUGGGGAAAGACGAGUUUUUUGUUCAUAGUUUGGUUCAACCCACUUAUAUAGGCAUAAGGAUUGGAGCUGAUUUGAUUCUUUUCAUACAUAAUGCAUUCCUAACUCUCUGCUGGAUUAGGAAUAUAUCAGUGGUUUCAUUUCUAAUCCAUACAUUGUUGUAAUGGUCGUUGCCAAAGGAAGGAAUCUCCACCCAAAUGCUUACCUGUCUGAUAGCCCACAGGUGAGUGACUCCACAAUUGUGGUGUUAUCAGAAGACACAAAUUGGGCAUGCAAAUUGUGUCUGAAAUACAGUGUGAUUGCAUCAUCUAAUGAAGAAAUGUGAUAGUUACAAUCGACCAAUUGGAACAUCAAUGCAUACAUUGACCUUUGAUUACUACUGAAACAUUUGUCUUUCUCUUGACUAGCUUUAGUUUUGGAGAUUUAAAAUUCCUGCUUGUCAAGAGGUAGGCAAAUUUCAAAUGUUGUCCCUCAAAAGUAAGUUUUAGGAGGAUCCUGGCAGACUUGACUCUUCAGUUUUUAAAAUAACAUUUUGUCGUAGUUGUGGGCACUGUUUUUAUAUAGCUUGGGCCAGUUCUUUAGUCUUAAAAUGCUAACAAAUCUAAAAUAGCACACAGGUUUUGUUUUCUUUUCUCAAAAGUGGCAUUCCAGGUUAGACACAGCCUUAGGACCAUUUUGAACGAAGGAGCAAGAGACUCUUAACAGCAGCUUCAGUGAAAGUUCACAGCACCACAGUACAGUGCUUCAUAGUCCUUUGUUGACUCACGCAAUGCAAGUCCAACCUUGCUUGUGCACACACAGAUGCCUCUCCAGCAGAGCAAUCGUCUUAAUUUAGGAAAAUUGGCCCAAAGCCUUUAAUUUUUUCCUUAGUUUCAGUGUCAGCAUCUGAAAUGGUGUCUGCAUGGGUUUUGUGGAGUCGUUUUCUUUAAUAACCGGUUCCUGGACUACAAGAAUAGAAGGAGAUGUCUCGCUCCAUGCCUUUGGAAUUAGUUACCCUGUGUUCUUUACCAUUCUAGCAACUGCUUAUUAGUCCAUGCCAUCAAGUCUGUAUAUAAGGGCGUAAAUACCAGAAGUAAAAUUGGUCCCUAUUUAUUGUUUUGCUAACUUUUUUGAGAGUUAAAAUUUCUGGUUGCAUUGUGUACAAAGUGUGUUCCUUAUGUUGUAUAUAGUGACACAAUGUCUUGACAUUGAGCAUGUUGAUGCCUAGAAAUAAAAGAAUUGGAUUCCCAACA